AUGGCGGACGUUCGAACACAUUCACACCAGGUUCAAGUGCACCCUCUGCGCCAGCAUGAAGGCGGCAUCAAAGUCGUUUAUCCCCAGAGCGGCCCUUCUUCCACUCAGGUUCUAGCCGUGGUUGCUGGUGUACCGGUUGGAGGGACGCUGCUGACUCUGGCCGGUUUGACGUUAGCUGGUUCGGUUAUCGGACUAAUGCUAGCAUUCCCGUUGUUACUCAUAUUCAGUCCGGUUAUCGUACCAGCAGCCUUUGUGAUCGGUCUAGCUAUGACCGGAUUCAUGGUAUCAGGAGCAAUAGGGCUCACUGGACUAUCGUCCAUGUCGUGGGUACUCAACUACAUCCGCCGGGCCAGGGAGCAUAUGCCUGAGGAGCUGGAGGAAGCGAAGCAGCGUUUGGCUGACAUGGCUGAGUAUGUGGGACAGAGGACCAAAGAUGCUGGACAAACCAUAGAAGACAAAGCUCAUGAUGUCCGAGAGAGCAAGACCUACGAUGUCCGAGACCGAGACACCAAGGCUCAUACUGCCCGACCAGACAGAGACACCAAGACUACUCAUGAGGUCCGAGUCGCCUCUACAUAA